GUUCCACCACGUGCCUUUGUUUUGUAAACAAACCCUUAGAGAAAACAAAAUAAAACUUUAAAAGAAGUGAGAAAAUCCGAGAAAAGAGUGAAAGGUGAUUAAAAAUAAUUAGAAUUCUGCAAAAUAACCUCGAGAAAUGAAAAAACAAAGCGAACUCCUUUUGUGGCUCAAUAGGAAGCAUUUGAGUCACGUAGAUGCCCUCAAAUUGGCCAUUAAAGCCUGGAAUUCCAUUGACUACACCAAUUUGAGUAAAUAUGAAACAAUAGUUGGGUAUUUCUGUGAAAAACUCCCUUUAUUGUGUUCUUCCGGACGAGAACUUCCGGAAGGGAGUUCUGUGGAUGAUUUGUGGGUAACUAUCCGGGAAUUUGUUGAGUUAAAAUAUCCCGUUGGGGUUGUUUCGGUGGAAGCAAGAAUACGCCUGAUUGAGUGCCUUGUGGAGCAUGUUAAUGUGACAAAAUCCGGAGGUUUGAGGGAAUUUCUCAUUCUCAAAUCCACCCUGGAGAAUCCCUUCUUUGUCAGCUUCUUCAGUGCCAAUGUGGCUACGUAUGGGAAGCUAAUGGGGAAGUGUUUGGUAGCUUGGCGGGAAGUGCUGGAGAGGAAUCCCAUUCAGGGUGGAUUGGAAGGGGAAGAGAAGCAAAUAACUGAGGAUUUGCUGCGGAAUCUCCAGGAGUUUUCACAGUAUCAAGCCAAUAAUGUGGAAUUUGCGAAGGUUUUUAAGCAGGAAAUUCACCAGAAGAUCAUUGAAAUGGUUAUUUAUCUGCAAAGUAGGAAGAUUAGCUGGAAGAGGAAGCUUUUUGACAUCUACCAGGCACUCUUCUUCAGCGAAGACUCGGGGAAGGGCUACAGAAUGGACUUUGAGGUUUCCGGAAAGGGAGAAAAGCUUGCAGAUGAUCGAAUUUCCUUCCAAAAUCCCGAACUUUAUGUUGUCCUGAUGGAGAUUGAGGGAUUCCUCUUUGCCUACUCAACGCAGCAGAAGGAUCUCUGUUCCAGCUUCAUUGAUUACCUCCUUCGGGAAUUAUUUGUUGAGGAAAAAAUAAAUUUGAGCAACAUUGUCUUGGGCAUUAGUCACUUAAUGUUGCUCCUGAAGAGCUACAGCAUCCGCCUGGGGAGAGAAGAUAAAUCCUUUCACUCCCUCCGCCGGCGGAUUCUUGAGAUUGUUGAGGAAUUUGCCGAAAGGAACACACAGGAGUGCCUCAGUUUAACCCUCCGGACACUACAGCUGCAUCCGUUGCUCCUUGAGGAGGAUCUAACCUCAUUAAUUGUUAAAUUUCUCUUCCUGCCCAAGAAUGAGGCAUCCCUCGAAGUUUUUGGGCAUUUCUUUGCCCUCUCCUUGGAGACUUUCUUCAAAUUGAGUCGCUUCGAGAAGAUCCUCAAUCGACUCCUUGAGAAUAUUGUCUCAGUCGCCACCAGCAUGGAAUUCCCGAAGAAACUCAAGAGGAAGCUAAAGGAGAAAUCCCAAUCUCCGCAGAAGAGACAAAAGAUCACAAAUUCCGGAGAUUUUGUGGAAAUUCUCACGGAGAAAUCUGCAGGGAAUCCCGAAAAGUUGGCACAAGAUGAAUGGUCUGAGAUUUCUUUUGCCUGGUCUGACGGCUUCUCUAAACGAUUCUCCCGGAUUGUCCUGAACUUAACACCCAAUGUGAGCUUACAAGUUUGGAAGUCACUCAUGUUCUACGUCCAGGGAGCCCUUGAUACUGCCAAAGAACGGAACUUUGAUGAAAAUUCCCUUUUUUGCAUUGAUUUCUUCGUUAAAAUCUUCUCUGCCUACAUCCGUGGUUGUCGUCUUCUGGAACGCCCUGACAAUGUUGUGACAAAGAUUGAUGAACGAAGACUCCUCACCAAGGAUCUUCUGAGGAACUUCUUAAAACUCCUCCAGGAAGCAGAAGAAAGUAUCCUGGAAAGGCCUCUGAAAGCCUUCCUUGAACUCCUUACACUUUUGUUGGAUUUUGAGACAACAAUCAUUGUCUAUCGUCCGGAUUUCCUCAAUGAUUCCGCAUCAGAGAGCUUCCAAAAGAUCAACUACAUCGAUCAGGACGAAUGGGAUCAAAUCCUGAGUCGUUGCAAAGGCGAAAGUCUCCAAAAUUUAGCCAAUUCCAUCAAUUUUAAAUUCCUCAAAUUGAAUCACGUUGAAAAGAAGACUCCAGAAAGUCUUCCAGAUAACCUCCAGAGAAUUCUGAAGGAUCCUCAGGAGUUUCAGAAAUUGAUUGUUCAUGACAAAGAUGGGUUGUGGCUUCAGAAACUCCUCAGCAGGGAACAGAAAUCCCUCCUGGCGGGAUUAUUUGCUGAAAAUCUUAAACUUCUGAGUUGUUCUAACCGUUUGGAGACUUUGGAAGACGCUGAAUUCCUGAGCCUACUUGCUCUGAAGAUACUUGAUCAGAUCUCUAAGAAGAUCAACUCAAAGAAGUCUCCAUUUUGCAAAAUAAACUUUGACAAAGUUAUUUCCGGAGAUGAGUCAACUGAGGAAAUUUCCGAAAGGAUUCUACAUCAGACAAAGACAGUUAGUUUGAAGGAAAAAAUAAGUUCGGAUAACUUGCUCCAACUUCUUCAAGCUCUGAAGUUGCUGCCUGUUGCCUUCCUCUCCAAGGAUGUAAAGAACCAAUUUCUCUUCUUCCUCAUUGUUCUGCUACACUCUCUUGUUGACUUUGAUGAUCUUCAAACAAUCCUCCUUGACACUCUGACUAGCCUUGUUGAACUUGGAACAGGAGUCGAUGUCUUCAAGUAUGCCGGAAUUAGUAAGAUCAAAGAACUAUUUCCGAGUACAUCAGACAAUAGGAGACUGUAUGAAGUUCUCCUCGCUGGAGCCUCUAAGCAUCAAAGCGCUUCCAACAUUGGAAGCUUCAAGGAUCUUCAGAAAAUUCUUGAAGAAAACGUUGAAGCAGACUAUCAGGACAUUUGUCUGAUUGCACUGGAAGCCAUUGCAAAGACGAAGAACAAGGAGAUCAUUGCAAUCCGAUCAUCCUUGACGACUUUUGCACUGAAAUACUUCAAGAAAGCUCCAGUAACUGAUGAUCUACUCAGACCCUUUACUGCAACACUUACUGCGUAUUUUAGUUCAAAGGAAAGGCCAGAUGAAGAUAAGAAACUCGGAAGUAUCGCUCUUAAGUACAUCAAUCAUUUUAAGGAUUCCCAAAAAUCCGAAAUAUUUGAUCUCCUGAGGAUUGUAACAGACCACAAGGAUGAUUUGAAGAUUACAUCGGCUUCUCUGACGCCUCUCAUUUUGGAGUUUUGGAAUCAGUUGAAGAAGAGCAAUGAGGCAGCUGAGUCCACUGAGAUAGCCAGUAUUGUUGUUAAAUUCUGCACAGAUGAGGAAUUUUUAAAGUUCCUGGAAAACUUUCGUGAAGAAGUAAAGACUGUUGAUCCAAUCUAUGUUUGCAAAACACUUCAGAACUUGGGAAGCAGUAUGAGUGAGGAGAAAGGUGAAGUUUUCUCCAAGUUUUACGAGGAAAUUCUCUUUGAAAUAACGGCUAAAUUGAUUCCAAGGGAAGCCGUUGAGGAUUCCUUGCCGCUAUUGCUGAAUAUCCUGAAGUGUCACAGCGUGAUCAUCAAGAACAAGAAGAUCCCAUUGCCAAAUAGUCUUUUCCAAGACAUCUUAACCUUCCUUGUGGAGAUAAAUUUGAAGCGUCUUAAGGUUAAUUUGGAAGAUUUUACGAAGCUUCACUUGCGAAUGACUGAUCUUUGCUACGUGAUCAACCAACAUAGAUCAUCAUGCUUACGCUUUGCAAUGCCACAAUUCGUGUCGAUCUUCAAGAAUCUCGUGCACGGGAUCUGUGGCUAUCGCAGUGACAUGGGCAAGAAGGAGAAACUUGAACAGGAGGAAGUUGAAGCUCUGACGGGACUUUCCCACAAGUUGGAAAUUAUGAUCGCAUUUAUGGCCUCGGCGAAUAAGAAUGCCCGAAGAGUUGCUCCAUUUAUGCUUGUCUAUGUUAUCAAUGAAAUGAUCUACAAUCAGAAUCCAACGACAUUGAAUCCAAGCAUUAAGACUCACAUCAACAACAUCUGCUACUCCCUCAUCUCAAUGUGUGAUCCAAACAGUGGGCACUUUAUUCUGAGAAGUUGCUCAGAAGCUUCCCGGAAUGUCUACAAGACCUUGCUGAGGGACUACGGGCGCUACUAUAAAUUCCAAGGAAAAGUUUAAAAUUUUUAAAUCAAAAAGUAAAAUGAAUGAUAUCAAAUGAAAUUAAAGAAAAUAAAAUAUC